AUGGCUGCUUUCGGAGGACGUACAGUCGGCGGUUUGAGCAUGAGCUCGCUGGCCCGGCAUGGGCUUUCCACCACAUCGAGCUCAGUCCGACCACUGGGCUUCACAGCAGCCACCCAAAUACGUCACAGGAGGAAUAGUCCAGCCUCAUCGGUUCCCUCACAACGACGAACCUUUGUCAACGAAGCCGUCACCACUGUCGAGCAGCUCCUCCUCGCCGCCCAAGCCAACCUGCACAUCCCAUGGUACAUCCUCAUCCCCGGUUUCGGCGCGACCAUCAGCCUCAUCUUCCGCGUUCCCGCGGCCAAAUACACCCAGCGGCUCGCCCAGCGCCGGGCCCUGCUCAAGCCCAUUCUGAUGGCAUGGGGCCGGAAGCACUACCAGGAAGUCAACUACGCGAAGCAGGCCGAUCCCGUCAAGCACGACUUUCACCCGCCCACCGAGAUCAUGAAGCGGAUGGAGAAGACGAGCAAAAGGUUACUGAAAGAGUGGGGCGUGCAGCCAUGGAAGCAGUUUGUGCCGUUUUUGGCCUUUCCCGGCUGGCUGGUGGGUAUCGAGGCUUUGAGGAGGUUGUGUGGCGGACCGGUUGGUCUGUUGGGUAUGUUUUUGGGAGCUAAUAAGGACGGGAAGGCGGCGGCGGAGGCGGCCUCGAAGGCGGCGGAAACUACACAACAAGCAGUGUCACAAGCAACUGAAGCGGCCAUGAACGCCGCCCAGACUGCUACGGAAGCAACUAUCACCACCACCCCCGUCGCCGACACCAUUGUCAACCCCCUAGCCAACAUCCUCCCGGAAUCCCUCUCCAGCUAUUUCCAAAACCCCCUCCCCACCACCAUGGAGGGCUGCCUCUGGUUCCCCGACCUCAUGGCCGCCGACCCUCUGCACAUCCUCCCCUUCAUUCUUUCCUUCACCAUGUUCGUCAACGUAAUGCCUCGCAACUCAGAAGGGUGGUUGCGUCUCCUGAACCCCGGGACGGAGGACGUCAACCCAAACAACAUUGGCGAGCACGCAUCCAAGAUCAAGCAGCAAAAAUUCGUAGGACUUAGGAUGCAGCGGGCGCUGCUGCUGCUGACGCUGAUCGUUGGGCCCGCCACCAUCAACUUGCCGGCGGCGCUGCACCUGUACUGGAUCACAACGAGUCUGACGAGCAACGCGAUCACGAGCGUGGUAGCGGCCAAGAUGCCGUUGCCGCCGUAUCUGGGACCGGCCAAGGGGAGGGGAGAUGAUCCGUAUGUGAGACCGAAGCUGCCGGGGCUGGAUUGGGAGCCGAAUCCCACGGCCGUACAGAAGGCAAUCUUGCGGGCCAAAUCACAGGAUGGAGUAUAA